AUGCGUUUCCAAGACAAAGUUGUGGUAGUGACUGGUGCAAGUUCAGGAAUUGGUGCAGCUAUUGCACUUUCCUUUGCAAAAGAAGGUGCCGAUGUAGUUAUAGUUGCAAGAAACAAUGAAAAUCUAAAAGUGACUGAAGCUAAGUGUGCAGAGGUUGGUAAAACACCAUUGAAACUCCUUGCUGAUGUUAGCAAAGACGAGCAGGCAAAGGCAAUUAUUGAUCAAACAAUCGAAAAGUACGGAAAAAUUGAUAUUUUAAUUAACAAUGCUGGUAUUUUGCGUUUUGGAAAUAUAACCGAUGGAACACUUUUGAGUGCUUAUGAUGAAACCAUGAGAACUAACCUGAGAUCAAUCAUCCAUCUUACGACUUUAGCCACACCACACCUAAUAAAGACCAAGGGAAAUAUAAUCAAUAUUUCCAGUUCAGGAGCAAAAGUCAGUCAUCCAAGUUUUUUAUCAUACGGUUUGAGUAAACUUGCUCUCAAUUUAUUUGGUGAAGGCGCCGCACUAGAACUGGCAGAACAUGGUGUCAGAGUGAAUACCAUCAGUCCUGGACCAGUUACCACUGAUAUCUGGAAAAAUACUAAUGUACCAGUAGAAUCACUGAAAGGUAUGAAAUUUAAAAUACCUUUAAAUAAAAUGUCAAAACCAGAAGAGAUAGCAAAUUUAGCAUUAUUCCUAGCGGAUGACAAAGUGUUGGCCAUAUCUGGAUCGAAUUGCGCCGCUUUAGAACUGGCAGAACACGGCGUAAGAGUGAAUACCAUAAGUCCUGGACCAGUUAUCACUGACAUCUGGAAAAACGCCAAUUUUUCAUUAGAAUCAGUGAAAGGUUUAGAUUUUAAAAUACCUUUAAAUAAAAUAUUAAAACCAGAAGAAAUUGCAACUUUGGCUUUAUUCCUAGCAGAUGACAAAAUCUACACAAACAGUCAUAGAAUGGGUUUCCAAAACAAAGUUGUGAUAGUAACUGGUGCUAGUUCAGGAAUAGGUGCAGCUAUUGCUCUCUCCUUUGCUAAAGAAGGUGCCGAUGUAGUUAUAGUUGCAAGAAACAAUGAAAAACUAAAAAUUACUGAAGCUCAGUGUGAGGGGGUGGGUAAAAAACCACUGAAGAUCCUAGCUGAUAUUAGUAAAGAAGACCAAGCAAAGUCAAUUAUUGAUCAGACAAUUGAUAAGUAUGGAAAAAUUGAUAUUUUAAUUAAUAAUGCCGGUAUUUUGCGUUUUGGAAGCAUAACAGAUGGAACGAUCUUGAGCGUCUAUGAUGAAAUUUUUAGUACAAAUCUAAGACCCAUUAUCCAUCUUACAACUUUAGCAGCACCAUAUCUGAUAGAAACCAAAGGAAAUAUAAUAAAUAUUUCUAGUGAAGCAGCCUUAAAAGUCAAACAUCCUAAGUUUUUAUCUUACUCUAUGAGUAAAUCUGCUCUAAAUUUAUUUAGUCAAGGCGCCGCUCUGGAACUGGCAGAACAUGGAGUCAGAGUGAAUACCAUCAGCCCUGGACCAGUCAUCACUGAUAUAUUGGAAAACUCUAAUUUACCAGCAGACUCGAUGAAAGGCUUAGAAUUGAAAAUACCUUUAAAAAGAAUAUCAAACCCAGAAGAGAUCGCAACUGUAGCAUUAUUUCUAGCUGAUGACAAAGCCUUGGGUAUAACUGGAUCGAAUUAUUUAGUUGACAAUGGAACGUCUCUAACGUAA